UUUAAAGAUUUUAUGUCUUUUUGUUUCAGAAUAUACCUGUGAUGGAUGCUGGGGAAGGAUUUCUCUGUCAUCAAUGUGGGAAAAUGUUUUAUAGACUGUCAACCUUAGAGUCUCAUACAAAAUGGAAACAUAUGGAGAAAACAAAUGAAUUUAUGUGUGAUCAGUGUGGAAGAACUUUCCAAAAAAAGUAUAAUUUAAUUAAACAUUUAGAAAGUGGAAUACAUGAUGUUUCAGAGACGGUUAAAUGUGCAUUGUGUGAAUUCAGAGCUCAAAACAGAAAAAUUAUGGGAGAACAUUAUCAACAUUUUCAUGGGAUUUCUUUGAAGGAAAGUAAUGCAUAUUUUAAAACAGCAGAUGAAUUUUACUUAUGGAAGAAUGAGUUUGAAAGUCGAACUAAAUCUAGAUUUGUUAAAAUGUCAAGCUCACGUAAAAGGAAGAAUGGUUUCAUUAGGAGCACUUACUUUUGUCACAGAGACGGAAAUUUUAUACCGAAAGGAAGAAAUCUAAGACAUCUUAAAGUAAAAGGAUCAAAUAAAAUAAAUGCCCACUGUCCAGCAAAGAUGGAUGUUGAUAUUGGUGAACGAAUUGUUAUUGUGUCUUAUGUUACUACACAUUUAGGUCAUGAGUUGGAUGUUACUCGCAUGAGUCUAGAUCGUAUAGACAGAGCUGUAAUUGCCAACAAACUAGCUCAUAGAGUUCCUUUUGAACAAAUCUUAUAUGAAAUUAAUAGUUCACCGGAUUCUCAGUUGAAGAGAGUAAACUAUUUAACAAGAAAAGAUUUAUGGAACAUUGUAGAUAAUUUCAAAAUAAAUCCAAAAAAUGUAGUUUACAGUAAAACUCGUUUAAGGAGAAAGAAAAAAAUUGAGAAACCUAAAAAGGAACCAAAAAAGAAAAAGAUAUGUUACAAGUACACAAAUCAAAAAUCAGACAACACAGAUGGAAAUGAAAUAAUGAUAAAUAAUGGAGAAGAAGUGAAUUAUGCCACAGAUGGUCAAGUAAUUGCGAUAAAUCAGGGAGAUGAAGAAAAUAUUAUUAUUUGUCCAGUCCUCAAGGAGGAGAACGAAGAAUACACUCAGGAAUAUGCACUGGUAUCAGAUGAAGCUGGUGGCACUUAUUACAUUGUCAAUGCAGAGGGAGAGCUCCAGAGUAUCAGCGGACAUCAUGUGAUAUACACAGAAGAUGGUGAAGUCAAGUUAUGUGAAACAUCUAGUGAAAUUAAGAAUGAAGAGCUUUCUCAACAAAAUCCAUCUGUACUUCUUGUUCAAGAAUCUAUGGAAGAUAAUGUACAUAAGUUAGUUACAUUAAAUGAAUCGUAUUGUCUAACGAGUGAUCACAUUCAAGUUAACAAAGAACAUAGUGGAAGUCCAAUUACAUUAUCAGGUAAAACAGCAGUCAAUAUAACCUCAGAGUCAGACAAUAGUGAUAGAAAUAAAGCUUUUCUACCAAAACAAAAAUCUAUUGUACAUAUAAAUGUUGAUAAUUUUCCAGAAAAUGAGCAAACUAUUAAAACCGAGAAAGAAAUUGAUUGUGAUUUAGACAUACCGUUGAAAGAGAAUAUUAGUAAUGAAGAUUUGGGAAAUCAGCAAUUAACAGUUGAAGGUGAAGUGCUAGAGGUGGAAAACAACCCAGAAUAUGAAGUUACUAUAGCAAAUUAUGAAGAAGGAGAAGAAAAUGGAUAUGUCAUUGUAACAGCUGAUGAAGAUUUUAAACAGUGUACGGUAAUUUCAGAUAUAGGUGCCACUGAACAUGAAUUUGGUCAGAGUGAUUACCCACUCAAGACUACAGAGAAUGUUACGGUGAAAGAUGAAGAUUCUGUGCAAACAACAUUUAAAGAAGAAGUAGUUGACACAUAUGUUUUGGGUGAAGAGGAAUCCACAGCUGUUUUAGAAGAGGAACCUCAAUGGAAUGAGAAAAGAAAAGAAGUGCUUAAUAAAUUGUUAAAUGUACAUAAUAUGAUUAACAAUGAAAAGCAAUUAAAAGUUUUCAGCAAAAACAUUUCUUCACUAGAGCAUGUUUUAAAAGCUUUAUCAAAAUGUGAUGAACCAGUGCCACAACCGUCUGGAUCUAAUAUUCCAUGUGAAAAGAGUAAAGAGGAGGGAAGCCCAAAGCAUUCUUGUAGGUAGCAUUGCCAAUAAUUCAUUGUAUAAAUAUGUUUUAAUAAUACUGUAUAGAUGUGUUUUUUUUUUCAUAAUAUGUAAAUAAUAGUCUGUAUUUCAGUUAUAUCUAUCUUUAUUUAAUAUGGGUUAACUUAAUUGAUUUAUUUGUAUUUAUUGUAAAUAUCGAACAUUUAUAAUUUAAUUUGAGUUUGAUGUAAAACUCAUGGUAUUUAAAAUUUGCUAUUAAUGUUUGCAGAUAAGUGUUUAGUAAUUUUGUACCGUAAAAACAUUUUUUUGUGUUCAAGUUAAGAUCCAUGUUAAUGCUCCAAUAUUCCUUUUGUUAAAACAAUGUUUUAAAAUUAUUUAUUGUUUUAAAUUAUAGUUAUAUUAAGAACCAAGGACAAUUAAUAAAUAAGUAAACAUUAUUAAUUGUUAAAUCAGUAAGUAAGAAAAAGUUUUCAUAAAAGAUAUGUGAUUAAACCAGUACUAUUUUGAAUUGUCAUGCUUAAACUAGGCUAUUGUUAAACAUUGAAAUUUCUAAUAUUUUAUUAAACAUAACCGUUAAUGCGAAAUACUUAUUUUACUAUUGAUGUAUAUACAGGUUAUGUAAAAUGUUUCGAAUAACCUUGAAAUUCUCAAAACCAUAGUAGAUAAAAUUUACAACUUUUACAAAUGUUAGACGGCUAUCUUCCUAUCUUUGCUUUGCAAAGGUAUGUAUUAGUAUAAAUAUAAUGUCGCUAACCACAUAUCAUAAGAUUUGUUCCGUACAAAAAUGGUGGGUGUUGAAAUAAGAUAAUACCUUAAACACAAACAGCUGCCAUUUUGUUUAAGAUAAAUGUUGUAGGAAUUGCUAUUAGAAAAUAGUGUGUUUUGAUUAUGUACCCAGAGUGGUCUAAUUUUUGUAUUUUGUAGAGUGAUUUCAAAAUCAUUUAUGCUAUAUAAAAUAGCUGCAAUUUAAGGUUUAGGAUAAGAUAUACUGAAAUGUACAAUAAUCUUGAAUUGACAAUAGACAAUAGACAAUUGUGGCAAAUGAUACGAUAAAAAUUGCCUCAAAUUGGUUUCAUGCAACCAUUCACUUAUUAAGGACAAUUAACAACCCUUUGUUUCAUGGGUUGUUGCUUAACUAUAAGACUGUUACGAGUUAUUUAUCUCGAGUUAACUGAACGAUAUAAUACCAGUAAAUUAGAGCUGCAUAUUUUGCCUUCUUCCAAUCCGUUUUUCGAUAUGGAUUAGUAUUGUACGGUAACUGCUCUAAGAUUGAAAAAAAAUAUUAGUACUGUGCAGAAGAAGACUGUUAGAGCUCUUAAAAAAUGUGAGCCUAGAGAGCAUUGUAAACAACAUUUCAAGAACUUCCGAUUCCUAACUGUUAUAAGUUUAUAUAUAUAUAUAUAUAUAUAUAUAUAUAUAUAUAUAUAUAUAUAUGGCUUUGAAUUCCAUGUUUAAAUUUAAGUAAAUUUGGAUUUUACUGUUUAUAGAUAACUAAAUCAUGGAAUUCAUAGCAAUAACAUUCAUAUUAAAACAAAAUGCUGAAAUUGGACAAUGUUAUUUAAGUAAAACCCUUAACAGCCUUGUUGCAGUUGUAUCUUUGAAGAUUUAUAAAUUUGUUGAAAGACAAAUUAGCACAUAUCCUUUGAUAGAUUUUCAAUUAAGUUAAUAAGAGGAUCGGCUUCUCCUAUUCCUAGCUGUUGGAGAAUACAUUUUACAGCUUAAAUUAAUUUUUCAAAAUUAAAAAUAUGGAUUUUUAAUGAUUAUUGCAUUUUUGAUUUCUGUUAAAACUACUAUUGUGCUGUAUAGACUUCAAUAUUGUUAGUUUUAAUAUUUUGACGUGGCUGUAAUAAUGAGCUGUAUUUAUGACUUAGUCAAUGAUGUGCAUUUUUGUGGCAAAUAAAUAUUAUGAAAUGAAAUAGGA